GGGUGUGAAUAUGGAUGUGGGUGUGGGUGUGUGGAUGUGGGUGUGGGUGUGAGUGUGGGUGUGUGUUGGAUGUAGGCAAGGGAAAACGACUGACUUAAGUCACUUUAAAUUCAUGUUAAGUCAAGUAAGUCAAUUAAGUCAUUUUAAGUCAGUUAAGUCAAGAAAGUCAUUCUAAGUCAAAAAAAAAUGUCAAGAAAGUCAUGAAAAUCAUCUGCAAAGAAUCAUUAAUAAAGAAUAAAAAGCUGUGAUUUUUUUCCAAUAUCGAGGACACAUUCUCUAAAACAUUUUCUUCCCAUUUUUUUUCAAUGAUGUGUACAUAAACCCAGAUCCAAUAAAAUGGCGAUUUACCAUGUAAAACGUCGAUAAACGGCGCCGUAAUCAAUCAUACCAUAUUAUGGAAGCAAAACCGAGAAAAAACGACGGCCGUUUUCUAGCAAUAGAAACGGCUCGUAAUGCAGUAUGACGGAUUAUGGCGAAAUAAGGCCAAAAUUAAUGCAGUAAUUCGCCGUUUCAGGUCGGAUAAGAUGCCGUUUCCGACCGCCAGAAUGAUCCACCUGGGAAAUAGGCGAAAGAAAAAGGCACAUACAUACUGUAGAUAGAGGUGUUAGCCACCGCCGCCGAUCGAGUGAAAGAUCACAGUUCAAGCUUCGUCUUUUUCUAAAUUAUCACUCGUUGAUAAUAAUCAGCAAUAUCUUAAGUUUGAUCUAUGUGACAAUUAGAGAUUGCUGAAACCAACAGACCUUUUAAAAAAUAGGAAUUAGCGUAUUUUUUCUUGGAUGACAUAUGGUCUGAAAACCGAGCUGAUAAACAAAUAUGUCUUCUUGUGAUUUUGUGACGCUACCAUAUAUAUUAGGUUUUCGUUUGCCUUUUUCCUUCAUGCACAAUAGAUUCAUCGCUAUUAUUUUCUCCGUUUCGCGAUUUUUAACUUAUUCAGUAUACAGUUUCGACUAACUGUCUAGUUUGAGUUCGAAUGUAAAUGUAACUAACAUUGCGAUUCGAAUUCGAAUUUCAAUCGAUAAUCAUGUCAGUGUAGAAAAAAGAAAAACAUUUAGUUUGAAUUUGAAUUCGAAUAACCAAUAGAAACAAAUCUUGCUCUUUGUCUCCACUCACAGAAAAGUAUCGAUUUGAAUUUGGCUUCAAAUUCGAAUUUCAAUGUUAGUUCCAAUUAUGAACUCAUUCGAUCUACCAUAGGGGUGGAACAGUAUCUUUAUUUUACUUUGAAAAAGUAAAGUAAAGUAAAGUAAAAUACUAUAGUUUGAAUGUGGAAAAUAAAGUGAGAGGGUGUGAGUGGGAUGUGGAUGUAUGUGUAGGUGUCGUUCAAGAGAAGAUACAGACCUACACCCGCACCCACACUCACGCCCUCAUCAUAUGUUUAACACAAAAAGCAUUCACUAAUCAAGCUUUAACUUUCGACAAUACCGGAUACCAGUGUUUUGAGUUUAUAGAGAUGCAUAAUUAGUGGGUUGAGAUCUGUUAUGGAUGUAAUGUAAGUGUACAACCUGGUGCUUUACUAGUUAAAUCAUUAGUUAGGAAAAUAAAAAUAGUAAUCAAUUAAGAAAAAAUUAAUAAUUAGAAAAUAGCAACAAAGAAAUAAAGAAUAGAGUGUCAGUAAAAACAAAUAAAGAAAAAAAUACUGUGCAAAAUGCGAAUGCGAAUAAAACAAAUUGUUUCUUUGAUAGUCGAUUAUUCCUGAGAGGUAACUAUCAUCUCUUAGUUAUUAGUCAUUUUAUGUAUGUUAUAUUAGCAUAAUAACGAUGAAGAAGAUAUGUGAAUUCCAUAUUUUAACACUAAAGGGAUUGGGCUAAUAAGUUUUUUUUAUUUUGCAUCCUUUACUAGCUUCGAAAAUAUUUUUACACUAUGUAAGAAAGAAUCAAGAACUAAAAUCUUUCCAAGUGCAUGUAAGAAGUCAAGCCUAAUUGGUGUCGUUUUGUUAUUUUGCAUUGACGAUGAUUAGCAGUAUCUUCUUAGCAAUAAGUCUGCAUUAAAUUUUUUCGUUUUAAGUAAAGUUUUUAUUAGAAUUUAGUUUUCUUGCCUCAUAUUAUCAACUGAUGAAUAAUCUCAUGCUAAACAAUCAAAACAAAAGACUAAAAAUUACAUCUAAUAUCAAAUUGAUGAAUGUGAAACUUAAACUAAAACGAUAUUACAGUACAGGUUGACAAGCUCCGAUGCGAGUCUGAUUCUAUUCACCAAUGAUAGUUUUAUAUGAUCUGUAGGAAAAUUAGAUCUAGAUAGUAAUUGAAGAUAAAUUAUAUAAUAUUCCAGUGCAAAAAACCUAUCAACAAUUGACGUACAUCUUUAUGCAAAUAAAUGCUAGCAUCUAAAUAUAGAUAAGAAUUUCGAUGUGGCAAAGGACUCGACUCUCUUUUAUCAACACAGUAAAACAUACAAGGACAUUGUUUUUUCGUCAACUUAUUUUCGCUUCACAUUGUGGUAUUACGACACCAUGAUAAUUUCAACAUUUUUUUUCUUGUUAUUUUUCAUCGAAUUUUCUCAUGAAUUGAAUAAUAGAUUUGGUAGAACACCUCCAAUGGGUAACAGAAAAAAAAAGAAUUAUGCACGAUUUUUACUAUUGAAAGAUGGAUUUGGUGUCAUAUCAAUAAAACGGUAAUCCGACAAACAGCUGAUGCUAUGGUAGCCACAGCUUUUACUACAGUGGGAUAUCAAUAUGGUCUAUUUUUCUCUUAUUUCGUAUAUACAAAUCAUUAUCUUCCUAUUGUCUGUCAUAGUGAAUUUGGAUGGUUUCUGGCAAAAACGUCAAGUUGUGCAACGGAUUAUUCAACUCGAGCGAAAAACUUUUCCAAGUGACAUUUGAAAUCUAAUCGAUCAUGUUCAUUCAGGAAAACUCAAGUUUAGUCUUUAUUCAGGUGUGCAAGUUAAAUCUUAUUUUUCACCAUACAACAGAUAGAAGAUAUAAGACUUGUGAUGGCCGACCUGCUUCGUCAGGCUAUAAAAACUGGAUGCAGAUACUUGUGUUGCUUGAGGCGUACAUUAUUUGAAACUCGAUAGUCAUUAUCUAGAUGGAACUCCUGCAGCAGUUGAAUAUUCACUUAUGCGAGAUACAUAAAAUGCAAGUGAAAAAUCCCUCUUCUACUCUUUGUGUGGUAUGCAUACAAUCUGGUAACACUUUUCCGUAUAUUAUUUGACAGUUUUCUAGAUAAUUGGGUUUCAAUGAUCGGCAAUAUUGAUCGCGUAAAUUUAUUUGAUAUCUUUCAUAUUUGAAUACUUUUCUCUUUUUUUUUCAGAACAAUUAGCUUGUUCAGCACGCAGAUUCCAGUAGUUGGAAUGAUUCUGAUGGUAAGUGAUUAUUUCAUAGUUAGUCUAAUCUAUUGCAUCAUAUUCAUUUAGUGCUCGAAGUUGGCAAUGGUGACAUGAUGGAUAUGGAAUAUGUGAGGCAUUUCUCGCUAUGAUCAAAUACUGAAGCACGAUUGAUUAUUGGAUGUGAUAUUAGUUACAUGAGUGCAGCCGCUCUAUCAACACUUACUAAUGCAAAUGUGAUUGCUGUUAAUCAAGAUCCAUCGAAUAUUCAAGGAAAGAAAGUGUAUUUUGCAACAUCACAAUCAUUAAUCAAUUGCUGAUGUUUAACAGAAGGAGUUCAUAGUGCUUUUCCGCCCUAUCAAAUAUAUCUCUUUGCAAUCCGGCUUAUAGUUGGAUUACUUAUGGGUAAAUCUAGUGGACUAUUAGAUAGUUUUGUUUCUACUUAGUGCCAAGUGAAUGAAGCAUUAGACAAUAUCCUGUAGAAGAUUAAGAAUGUGUAGAAUUUUCUUUCUCUUUUUUGAAUGUGAAUAGUCAACUUUGCAUCGGCUAUACUUUAAAACUGUCAAUCAAAGACUACAUUAAUAUUUUAUAUUUUACAGGCAUUUUUUUAUUUAAACAGCUUCAUUUUCCUUUCAGUAAUGUUUUUUUUUAAAUUUAUCUUUCACGAGUGACAUACAAAGACAUUACACUAAUGCAACCAGGAAAAAUAAUUACAUUUUUCUCUACAGUCAUUUUCUUAUCAUUUUUUUCAAGUAAAAUAACUUCUGAACAUAUGCAAUUUUAUUCAUCAUUAUCUUUGUUUCAAAUAUUAUCCAAAUGCUGUUAUUUUGACGUCCUCUUUCUUUUGAUAAUAAUAUCUACAGUUCAAUCAUUAGUUUCAGACAAAUGAUGUAGUGAUAAGUGAUUUAUUGAAGUUGAUAAAGCGCGAGAAACUCCUAUUGUAGAGAGAAUGAUUUAAAUAACAAUCGUCUGAAAUAAGACAAAGGAGUCAAAAUAAAAAUUACAUAGUUUUAAUUAUUUCUGUAGGAGUUUAAUUUAUUUUUGAUUCAGCUCGAAUUUUUAGAAAGUUGAACAGUAUCCAUCUCUGAUUAAUACUAUAUGUAUAUGCAAUCUGGAUUGUGUUUGGAUAAAUUGAACGAAGAAUUCUUUUUCAUUAUAUUUAUUUUGAUAUGAUUUGAUAGUUAAUAUUAUUGAUAUAUCUCAAAGUUUAAAGGGAGAAUUCCACUAAAAAUUGUGAAAAACUGUUGGUAUUUGUUGUUUAAUUCGUAAAUGAUAGUGAAAAUUUUAUUUAUUGCUAUACCAAUGACUGAAUCUUCGAUUACUGAGAUUUAAGAGGCCUCUUACAAUAGACUUUGUACUUAAAAUGGCACGUUUAGACUGAUAUUUUUUUUCUAUUUUUAUUUAACUUUUCAGCUAUCUUUGCUUCAAUUAUGUGUCCCUUUGUUUUUUAUUUUUAUCUUACAAGAUAUUGAUAAGAAUUUGUUACUCUGUACGUGUCAAGUACGUUUUCAACUUUCAUCAUGCGCAACUCUCGUCAUGCGCAUCUUUCAUAGUUCUCUCCCUAUGACGAAUUCUUUGACUUUAUCUAUAAGAAAAGUACACACUAUUAACCUAUAGAAGAAUCGUACUCAAUAAAGUCACACAUUCCAUGAAUGACUCGGUAAACACAAAACAUUUUGAAUGAAAAGUAUAUUUUUAUCACCUGUCACAUUUUUUUUUAUAGUAUUCUAUGCAGAGUCUGCACGAGAAACAGUAUUUUAAAGAUAACCAAAUAGCGUUAUUCUUUUAUGAUCGUAUUAUAUUGGUCAAAUGUUUUGCUGAUUUGAAAUCGUAUGACAAAACUUGACGUCACCUCUGUAUGAUAUUACGACUAUGAGAAAAUUGUGAGAAAUAUAAAUAAACACAAUUAUGUCGCAGCGAACUAGUUACAUUUCGUCGACAAUCAAUAAUACUAUCGUCUUCGCGUACAAUAUUAACAAUGAAAGUCUUCAUUAUUUUUUGUGUCCUCUUCGUAGACGCUUAUUGUGCUCCUAUACUUGAUAAUCAACUUGACAAUGAAUGGGCAUUAUUCAAAAGUGUUUAUCAAAAACAAUAUACUACAAUUGGAAAAGAAAAUGUUCGUCGAAAGAUUUGGGAAACAAAUCUUGCCAAAAUUCAUCAACAUAAUUUUGAAGCUGAUCUUGGCAUUCAUACUUAUACAUUAGGAAUGAAUCAAUUCGGUGAUUUGACUAAUGACGAGUUCAGAAAACAUAUGAAUGGAUUUAAAGCAUCAAAAACAAAAAACAAUCAUGAUCAUCAUACAUUCGUAGCUCCAUCAAAUGUUAUCCUUCCAAAGUCUGUCGAUUGGCGUAAAGAAGGUUAUGUAACACCAGUCAAAGAUCAAGGACAGUGUGGUUCAUGUUGGGCUUUUUCAGCCACUGGUGCACUUGAAGGUCAACAUUUUGCUAAAACAAAAAAACUUAUUUCACUUUCAGAGCAAAACUUAGUUGAUUGCUCAGAUUUUGUUGGUAACAUGGGUUGUUUCGGUGGUUUAAUGGAUAAUGCUUUUCAAUAUGUCAAAAUUAAUGAAGGUAUUGAUACUGAACAUAGCUAUCCAUAUGAAGGUUUUGAUCAUCUAUGUCGAUUCGAAAACACUGAUAUUGGCGCCACUGAUACUGGAUAUGUUGAUAUCACACCUCAGAAUGAAGAUGAUCUUCAACUUGCUAUUGCUACCAUUGGUCCUAUUUCAGUUGCUAUUGAUGCAUCACACGAGUCAUUUCAAUUUUAUACAUCGGGUGUUUAUAAUGAAUCAGCUUGUUCAUCAACAAAACUUGAUCAUGGUGUUUUAGUUGUUGGUUAUGAUACAACAAGUUCAGGUGAUUAUUAUAUUAUAAAAAAUUCAUGGGGUACAUCAUGGGGUAUGGAAGGAUAUAUUUGGAUGAGUCGAAACAUGCAAAACCAAUGUGGUAUUGCUACCAUGGCUAGUUAUCCUCUUAUUUGA